AUGGGAUCAGUUUGUUGUGUAGCUGUGAAAGACAGAAAGGUUCCUCCUAGUGGUGGACCUGCAAGUGCAGCUAUUCAUCGGAAUUCAGCAUGCUCGCCACAAUGGAGUUUUCGACGUGAUAAUAGGAGACGGGUAGCUGAUGAGAUUGAGGGUUCACCUUAUUACAGUUCGUAUGUUGGGAGUAGGGGAUUUAGUAUGGAUAAGAUGUCAUUAGGCUCUGAAAGAGGAACUCUAUCUGAGGGAGGAACCCCUCCUGAUGGGCAUUUUGGGACUCCUACCUCUCAGAAAUCAGCAACUCCAGAAAUGGGCACUAAUUCGAUGGUCCUACCGUAUUCAGAUUCAUCCUUGGCAAGCCAUGAUCUCGUUGAGGUGAAGAAUUUAGUUGACUCACCGAUUCCAUCAGCUAUACCGAAGCCUUUGUCAUCCACACCAUCUCUUUCCACUCCAGUCAGUGAUCUUUCGUCUUCCCACACACGUUUGCUUCCUCCUAAAUCCACACCAUCAAGACGGGCUCGGCGUUCACCUGGGCAUCAGUUGUUUAGGCAGGUUUCUGAUAGUCAAAUUUUAGGAUUGAAAUCCCCAGCUAAUAAUUACUCAGUCUCUGAAGGAAGGUCAUCCUUUGUGCUUUCGACAUGUAGCAAUGACUUCGCCACUGGAUCCAAUUACGCUUCUUCUGAAGGUGGCUGGUCCUUGAACACGUUUUCUGAGCUUGUGGCGUAUUCUCAAAGGGAGAGAUGGUCCUUCGAUAGCGAACACUUUGGUUCUGGCAGACGGAAACUUAGUGGUGGUAGCAGCAGAUUCUCCUACUCCCCUUCCGUUGUCGAUCAACAGACUUGUGGAGCUUGCUCAAAGUUACUAACAGAGAGGUCUUCCAUUGCCAAUUUCGAGCUUCCAAUCGCUGCUGUUCUUGCGUGUGGCCAUGUUUACCACGCAGAGUGCUUAGAGACCAUGACAACCGAGAUAGAGAAAUACGACCCUGCUUGUCCCAUAUGCACGAUUGGGGAGAAACGGGUUGCAAAAAUAACAAGGAAAGCCUUAAAGGCUGAAGCAAAGGCAAAGCACUACAAACGAUGUAAAAACCGUGUCGUGGACAGUUACGGCGAGAGUGAAUGCGAUGAGUUUGUUUUCCAGAAGACAGGGAAACGAGAAGGCAAAGCUCUAAAGAUGGAACCUAGUUGCAGUAGCAAAGGCACGUCUAAGUCGUUCUUGAAAUGGCACUUCGGUUCUAUCAGCUCCAAGUGGAAUAAACCCUCGUCUAAAGACUCUGCAUUGAACUUGAAGAAAGGGUUUUGGUCUAGACAUCGUAAUAACCGUUCUUCAUCGAGCAUCGAGGUAAAUAUCCGUACACUGUAA